AUGGAGUGUAGUCCAAGUUGCCAUUGCCAUCCUAAUUUGGAACGCAUAAGAGAGUGUAACAUCGUUAAAAGACUACCUCUUUGCAAUCCCCAAAUACAGAAUGGUGUUAUGAUCGUCAAUCCUACAUCUGGCAUGGUACUCGAUGCAUCGUGCCAUGAAGUGAAACUGCAAUGUUAUACAGGAAAUACAUCACAACUGUGGCAUUUGGAAUGUACACGAAAUGGCAACUUUUUCAUUAUUAACAUCGGAAAUGGGAAAGUCUUGAGUAUUGAAGGUGGUGUUACAAGUUCGGCCAACUUGAUAACCUCUGAAAAACAUGGCGGUGUUAAUCAGCAAUGGUCUAUCAACCACUGUGACAACACUAUCGUCAAUUCAUGCAGCAAUUUGGUUAUCGACAUAAAGGAGGAAUGUUUUUGUCCUGGCACAAAUUUGAUAGCUUUCCCAAAACAUGGAAGAGACAAUCAAAAGUUUUGUCUUCAGUAUGCUUAA